GUGAAAUCCCUAUCCGAUUCUGACAAGGAAUCGCGCAAUGGCUGACGAUCGCGGUGAUCAUAACAAGCUCGAUAGCUUAGGCGAGCUUUUUGAGAAAGGCUUCGAUGCAAUCGCUGAAAUCGAAUCUUCAAAUGAGAGUGCAAACGGCAAGACCUUCCAGAGCCUCGUUGAAUCCGCCAUAAAAAACUUUGAAGGUGCAACACACUUGGUGAAUCAGAUGUGCCUAUUCAGCGACAACGAGGAAAUAGAAGAAGUUACAACAGCUGACUUGAAGUACUUGCUACUUCCAGCCUUUCUUGGCUAUGCCACUGCCAAAACUGUGGGCCGAGACAGAGCAGAAGUCAUACAGGUCGCUGAGGUGUAUUUUCGAGACUUCUUGACCCGAUGUCGACAGUACGGUGUUACGGAACUGGAGAACGGUGAUAAACGCGAAAAUCCUGGUGAGGGAGAGCUGCAGCAGUUGCUCUGUGCAGCUAGGCAACGCCAGCAGAAGAUUCAGAGGUACCAGCAACAGAAGGAAAUGCUGGAGAGACAGAAGCAGCUUAAAGAACUGAUUAAACAAAGUAGGGUCGAUGCUGAAGUUGUGAGGGAGUACUACAUGGUUCUUCUCCGCUACUGGGUUAACAUUGCCAUCGAGGAACUAAGAAGUAUUGAAGAGGAGAAGCCCAUUCUGGAACACAUGACAAAAAUGAAGGGCAAGCCACGUGCUCCAUCUACUUCACAAAAGCCCUUACGUCCCAUUAUAAUCACCAGAGAUAAGGUUCAGAAGGCCGUCUAUGGAGCAGGAUAUCCGAGCCUUCCAACAGUAACGGUCGACGAGUUCUACGCGAAGCGCUACCCCGAGCACGCCGAGCAGGACGACACACCGAAACCCUGGAGCAUGCAGGACUGGUCGGCUGACCCUGAGAAGGCUCGUCGAGAGCAGGAAGAGGAAGAUGCCCAGAGAGAGGCCCUUGUCGAAGCAGACGACUCGGAGGCGUUGGCUUACCUGCGCUCCAAGGACGACUGGAAAGAUGAAAACAGGAGAGGAGAUGGCAAUAGGAAAAAUAUGGGCUGAGGUCUUCCGGUGUAACUCUGGAAAAAGUCAGUGGUACUCCUCUGUUACCUUGAAUUUGCAGAGGCCUAUUUAUUGUACAGAUGUGCAAAUAAACGAGAACACUCUCUAUUGCGACA